AAGAAUAAUGGUGAUAAUUUUUUGUAAGAAAAAUAAAAAUUUCAGUGAAUAAAUCCAACGUAUAUAAUUACUCUCAUCACCGAGUUGAUGAGAAUGAACGGUUGAUAUAACGUGGGACAUGGUAAUCCAGUGAACCGCCGCGUAUGACGGUAGUGUCCCAGGCACCCAGCUAUGAACUUUUAGAACAUCCAGAUUUAUACACACAGUCGUCGAGUGCGCAAGAUUAGGGUUUCUAAUUUUCCCCAAAAAAUUAAAAUGAAAUCACAUCUUAUAACUCUCAUCUGAUCCCAAUUUCAUGUUUCUACUGGAUAAUGGAAAUGGAGUAUGUGCGAGAAAUCCCACAUAAUAAUAUGGAUCGUCGGCCUAGAAAAAGACCCAGAAUUUCUACGUGGGAUACCCCACAAUCCUCCAAGGCUCAGUCAGGAUUAUAUAGUGGCCAAGAGGUUAGCAAUAUCACAAGCUUUGGACCAUCAAGGAUACAUUUGGAGCAUCCUAGUCAUUUGGUGAAGGGAUUGGUACAUAAAGGCUCUCCACCAUGGCGUGAUGAUGACAAAGAUGGGCAUUACAUAUUUGAGCUCGGAGAAAAUUUAACGCCUCGCUAUAAGAUUCUUAGGAAGAUUGGAGAAGGCACCUUCGGUCAGGUCCUGGAAUGCUGGGAUAGGGAAAUGAGAGAGGUAGUUGCUGUAAAAAUUAUCCGAAGUAUAAAAAAAUAUCGUGAUGCUGCAAUGAUAGAAAUUGAUGUGCUCGAGCAGCUUGGGAGACAUAACAGACAUGGGAAUGGUUGUGUUCAAAUACGAAACUGGUUUGACUAUCGUAACCAUAUAUGUAUUGUAUUUGAGAUGCUUGGACCAAGCUUAUUUGAUUUUCUUCGGAAAAACAAUUAUCGAUCAUUUCCAGUUGAUCUGGUUCGCGAGAUCGGGAGACAACUCUUGGAAUGUGUAGCAUUCAUGCAUGAGUUGCGCCUUGUCCACACUGAUUUGAAGCCAGAAAAUAUACUUUUUAUUUCCUCUGAAUAUGUAAAAAUACCAGAUAAUAAGGGUACAUUGAGGGAUGGAAAGAGGUUGCCGAAGUCUUGUGCAAUAAAGGUUAUUGAUUUUGGCAGCACAGCUCAUGGUACUCAAGUGCAUAACUAUAUUGUAUCAACAAGACAUUAUCGGGCCCCAGAGGUCAUUCUUGGUCUUGGAUGGAGUUACCCAUGUGAUUUAUGGAGUGUUGGGUGUAUCCUGGCAGAACUAUGCUCGGGGGAAGCGCUGUUUCAAACACAUGAGAACCUAGAGCAUUUGGCCAUGAUGGAGAGGGUUUUGGGCCCCGUACCUGAUCACAUGCUAAGAAGAGCAGAUCGACAUGCUGAGAAGUACAUCAGACGGGGUAGGUUAAACUGGCCCGAAGGUGCUACUUCCAGGGAAAGCAUCAAAGCUGUUUUAAAACUGCCUCGUCUUCAGAACUUAGUGAUGCAACAUGUGGAUCAUUCUGCUGGUGAUCUUAUAGACCUCUUGCAAGGACUCCUUCAUUAUGACCCUACCAUGAGAAUUACAGCCAGGGAAGCCCUCAGGCACCCCUUCUUUACUAAAAAUCGCUACAGAUUCUGAGAGACUUCAGUGUUAUCCUUUGUACUAGCUCUCCUCUGUUUGUAGUAGAGUAGGUAUUUUUUUUUCUUUCUUCUUUCCCUUUAAAGAGUGGGAAAACAUUAGAUUGAUACCUCUAGUAACAGUUGCUUCUUCGUCUAUGCGAGCUUGUAAAUAAAAGAUGUUUUGAGAGAAAUUCAUCUUGAAACGUAUUGAGCUGAAUCUUGCAAAGCCAGAAAAGUACCUGUAAUUGUAUUUUUUAUAAAAGUUUGAUACAUUUCUUCA